AGCCCCGCGGCCCGGCUCGGCCGCACCGCGCCCUCAGCGGGGCCAGGCCCGUCCCGCCCGUGCCGCUGCCGGUUCCCGGCUCCCGGCUCCCGGCGGGGCCGGCCCGGGGCGGAGCCGAGCCCGGAGCGCCGAGCGCGGCCGGGCGGGGCCGCCGCCCCCGCGGCAGGUGCGGGCACAGCAUGGCCCGAGCCGAGCGGCUGAGGAACAAGCUGGUGGAGCGCUGCGAGCGGCUCCAGCUGCAGAGCGCGGCCAUCGCCCGGCACGUGGAUGAGGUGCUGCCUGCCAAAGACCAGGGAGUCCUGAGCGCGGCCAGCGCGGCGCGGGAGCUGGUGAUCCAGAGGCUGCUCCUCGUGGGGAAGGCCUGUGAGAACGAGGAGCAGCAGCUGCUGGAGAGGGUCCAUGCCGAGGAGGAGCGGGCGCACCAGAGCAUCCUCACCCAGCAGGUGCACUGGACAGAGGCUCUGCACAAGCUGGGUGCCCUCCGCACCUACCUGGUGGACAUGAUCACCAACCUGGAUGACCAGGGCCUGCUGCGUGCAGAACAAGAGAUCUUCGAGAGGACGGAGGUGGCAGAGGGAAUCUUGGAGCCACAGGAGUCCCUGAAGUUAAACUUUAAUCAGACCUGUGUUCAGAGUCCACUGCUGCAUCGCCUGUGGGCCUGUGCUGUGCUCUGCUGCCUCACAGGCUCACAGGAGAUUCACAUCGAUGAGAAAACCCUGAGCCCCCACCUCAGCCUGUCAGAAGACAAGAGAACCCUGACCUUCAGCCCCAAGAAAGCAAAGGUGGACUCGGACUGCCCCGAGCGGUUUGACCACUGGCCCAACGCUUUGGCCACUGCACCUUUCCACUCAGGGGUCUGUGCCUGGAAGGUCAGAGUGGAGCAGAGCUGUGCCUACAAGCUGGGGGUUUGCUACAGCUCCGUGCCCAGGAAGGGCUCUGCCAACGAAGGCCGCCUGGGCUUCAACGCCGCCUCCUGGGUGUUCUCACGCUACGACAAAGAAUUCCGGUUCCUGCACGCGGGGCAGCCCCAGCCCGUGGAGCUGAUCAAGGCCCCGGCAGAGAUCGGGGUCCUGCUGGACUUUGCAGGGGGGGAGCUGCUCUUCUACGACCCCGACUCCUGCGCCAUCCUUUUCUCCCACCACCAGACCUUCCUGGAGCCCGUCUACCCCGUCUUUGCCGUGGCACACCAGAGCAUCUCGCUGGUGCUGUGAGCGGGGUGUGGCUGUGUGUGACUCUGUGUGCUCUGUGCAGUGCCUGGGGGCUGUGACCUGUGUCCAGGGGCUGUCACACAACACCUGCCUUCACACUACACCUGUUCCUCGCCUCUUUUCUGCAGCUUUCCUCUCGUCCCGGAGUCUACACCCCGUGCUGGGGUGAGGGGUCUGGGAAUGGCUGGCUGGGCCAGCUGCUCCUAGGUGAAUUGUUUGAUUUCUGCCCCAC